GCCUAGCGCCCCCCUCAGCCGCCGCCGCCGUCGCCGCCGCCGCCGCCGCCUCGGCCCGCCGGCCAUGUCCCCCGGCCGCCGCCGCCGCCGCCCGAGCGCGGCGCUCCCGCGGCCCGCCGCGCGCUGAGCGCGGGCCCGUGCUGCCGCUCGCCCGCCCCGGGGCCCCCUUGUUCUCCGCGCCGCCGCCGCCGCCGCCAUGUUGGGUUUAGAGCCGCAGCGGAGCCGCCGCCGCCGCCGCGGGUGAGGGAGGCCGAGAGCGGAGCCCGCCCCGCCCCGGGGCCCAGGGAGCGGGGCCGCCUCGGAGCCCGGCCUCUCCCCGCCAGCCGCCUUCCCGGCCCGCCGUGCGAGCCGGCCAGCGAGCGAGCGAGCGCCGGGCCCCGGCCGCGCCUUCCGCUCCCUGCGCGAGCGAGCGAGCGAGCCCGCCGCCGCGGGGCCCGGCCACAGCCUGCAGCGGAGCCCACGAGAGGCAGCGCCAUGGCGGAGCAGACCUACUCGUGGGCCUAUUCCCUGGUGGAUUCCAGUCAAGUGUCUACGUUUCUGAUAUCCAUUCUUCUUAUAGUCUAUGGUAGUUUCAGGUCCCUUAAUAUGGACUUUGAAAAUCAAGAUAAGGAGAAAGAUAAUAACAGUUCUUCUGGGUCUUUCAAUGGCAACAGCACCAAUAAUAGUAUCCAAACAAUUGACUCUACCCAGGCUCUGUUCCUUCCAAUUGGAGCAUCCGUCUCUCUCCUAGUAAUGUUCUUCUUCUUUGACUCAGUUCAAGUAGUUUUUACAAUAUGUACAGCAGUUCUUGCAACGAUAGCUUUUGCUUUUCUUCUUCUCCCGAUGUGCCAGUAUUUAACAAGACCCUGCUCACCUCAGAACAAGAUUUCCUUUGGUUGCUGCGGGCGUUUCACCGCUGCUGAGUUACUAUCGUUCUCUUUGUCUGUCAUGCUUGUCCUCAUCUGGGUUCUCACUGGCCAUUGGCUUCUCAUGGAUGCUCUGGCCAUGGGCCUCUGUGUCGCCAUGAUCGCCUUUGUCCGCCUGCCUAGCCUCAAGGUUUCCUGCCUGCUCCUCUCAGGGCUUCUCAUUUAUGAUGUCUUUUGGGUAUUUUUCUCAGCCUACAUCUUCAAUAGCAAUGUCAUGGUGAAGGUGGCCACACAGCCGGCUGACAAUCCCCUUGACGUUCUAUCCCGAAAGCUCCACCUGGGGCCAAAUGUUGGGCGUGAUGUUCCUCGCCUGUCUCUGCCUGGAAAAUUGGUCUUCCCAAGCUCCACUGGCAGUCACUUCUCUAUGUUGGGCAUUGGAGACAUCGUGAUGCCUGGUCUCCUGUUGUGCUUUGUCCUUCGCUAUGACAACUACAAAAAACAAGCCAGCGGUGACUCCUGUGGUGCCUCUGGACCCGCCAACAUCUCUGGGCGCAUGCAGAAGGUCUCCUACUUUCACUGCACCCUCAUUGGAUACUUUGUAGGUCUGCUCACUGCUACUGUGGCGUCUCGCAUCCACCGAGCUGCCCAGCCCGCCCUCCUCUACUUGGUGCCAUUUACCUUAUUGCCACUCCUCACCAUGGCCUAUUUAAAGGGUGACCUACGGCGGAUGUGGUCCGAGCCAUUCCACUCCAAGUCCAGCAGCUCUCGGUUCCUGGAAGUAUGAUGGAUCACAUGGGAAGUGACCAGGAUGGCCAGUGUCGUCCUUUUCUCUCACCGCGUGGUUUUGUUUCCUCCUCUUAGAGCUGGCCUGGUACUCAGAAGUUACCUGUUUAAGGAACAGGCGUGUGACUGGAAUUUGCACCUGAAGGAAGCCUGUUGGCAGGAGAGGGUGCUGGGGCCCUGUUGGUCCUCCUGUAGUGGUAGAGGUGGAGCCUUUCAGAAGUGACAGGCCCCUCCCUCCCAUUUUUGUGGAUCUGCACCAGACUGUUACCUUGUGGGGAGAUGGAGAUUUGACUAUUUAAAAACUGCAAACAGCAAGGAGUCGUUUUAGAACUUUUUGAACACUAAAAGGAUUAAAAAAAAAAAAAAUUAGCAAACCGAAGUUUCUUCAGUGAACCCUCCAGAACUUUGGGACCA